AUGGAUGACGACGAUGCACCGCCAGAGCUGGUCGACGUGACGGCAUUGCCAGAGGAAAGCCGGCGAGAGUCGCAGGAAGAAGCGGCCGCUCGAGUGCCCAUCACGCUGGUCACUGGCUACUUGGGCGCUGGCAAAACGACCUUGCUGAACUAUAUCCUGACGGAGAAGCAUGGCAAGAAAAUCGCCGUGAUUAUGAACGGUCUGUAUGCCCUCCGUCAAAUUCCUGGGUGCUUCCAAUCUAAUGCAAUCUUAGAAUUCGGAGACUCAACCGACAUUGAAAAGUCCUUGACCGUCAACCAAGGUGGCCAAGAAGUUACCGAAUGGCUCGACGUCGGCAAUGGCUGUAUAUGCUGUUCUGUCAAAGACUCUGGCGUCCAGGCGAUUGAAUCGCUGAUGGACCGCAGCGGCACUUUUGACUAUAUCCUGCUCGAAACCACCGGGCUCGCAGACCCUGGCAACAUCGCGCCUCUAUUCUGGGUCGAUGACGGCCUGGGAAGCUCGAUCUACCUUGACGGCAUCGUAACACUCGUAGACGCAAAGAAUAUUCUGCGGUUACUAGACGAACCGGCCCCUGAAGAAACCAGCCAUGACGGACACGAAGACCAUACAGGCCCAGCGCUAUCAAUGGCCCAUCUGCAAAUAUCACACGCAGACGUGAUAGUCCUGAACAAACUUGACCUGAUCACGCCGACCGAACUCGAUGCUGUCCGUCAACGAAUAACCUCCAUCAACGGCGCUGCCAAAAUCCACACCACCGACCACAGCCGCACACCACAGAUUGAAGGUGUUGUGCUCGAUCUGCACGCGUACGACCAGCUUGGAAAGCUGAAUUUCCAAGAAAAGGGCCACGCUCACAUUGACCCUAAGAUAUCCACUAUUGCACUGACUCACCCGAAAAUAGGACCUGAACAGAUACCGCGCGUUGACGAAUGGCUGAGAUCUGUUUUGUGGGAGAGCAUCCUACCUGUUGCUGCUGGAGAAGAGACAGAAGUUCCUCAAUUCGAGAUUCAUCGUCUAAAGGGAAUCCUGGCUUUGACCGAUGGGUCCUUCAAAGUGAUUCAGGCCGUGAGAGACGUGUUCGAAAUCAGAGACUCGGCCAACCGUGAACGCCAGCAGGAUGAUGACGAGGCGCCUGAUCACUGUAAAAUUGUGAUUAUAGGUCGCGAUCUUGGACAAAGCACGGAGCUUUGGGAACGGAGUUUCAAGUCAUUUAUGGAAGAGCAGUCUUGA